UCCCGUAGCAGAUUUGUUGUGUUUCUGUUGUACCAGGAAGCAUAUUUAAAAUUAGCUUGCAGGAGCAUUUACAUUUACCGUCUUACGCAUAUGUUAUAAGAGGUUAUUUCGAUUCUCCGUAUUAAUCGUCAGGGCCACAUUCGUGACACAUACGUGAAACUGGUGCUGGCCGGUGUGUUUGUUUGGUAUCAUGCUAUAGUAAAGUAACAUACUGUAGCUUAGUAGCAAGGUGCAGCAUGAACCACACCAUAAUGAGGCAGCGUCUUCUUCACGGACCCAGUGGACCAUGUCUCUGAUCCUGUUCGCCUUCGUGGUCCGGGUCAGGGAUGGACUCCCCCUGUCUGCCUCCACAGACUUCGAACACAACCGAGAGCUCCAGGAGAGGAAGCAGCAGCUCAGGACCGCCAGCAAGGCGCUGGCCCGCUUGCCCGACAGAGGCACCGUCAACGGCCAGGAGCUCAACAUAUACUUCGUCUCUUCGGAGGGUGUAUCCUACAUGACCGUGUGCCACUGCAGCCUCCCUGUUGCUAAGGCCUUCUGCUUCCUGGAAGAUCUGCGCUGGGAAUUCACAGCGUGCUUCAAUAGCACUGUUGUUGCCUUGGCAGCCAGGCCAUAUCCAUUUUUGGAAUUUGACGACACUAUUCAAAAGUUGAAGCAGCAGUACAACCAGAGCGGUGGUCCAGCCUUAGAAGUGACUUUAGCGGAAGUCCAGGAGGAUCUGAGGGUCCGUCCUCCACAAGUAAUUAACUUGGACGAGGUGGAGCUAAGUAAUGGACUUGCAAAUGGGCACAUGGAGCAAGGACCUGGAUCUGGUCAGAACCAGAGACUUGAACCAGUCACGGCACCGGGCAUCCUUUCCCUCGUCCUUAAUAUCAUGUGUGCAUCUUUGAACGUGAUCCGUGGCGUGCACCUCAUAGAGUACACAUUCCAGGAUGAUUAUGAAGGCGUUUGGAACGUUGUUGCGUUCCUUCUGGCAUUUGUCUGCUGUGUUCUUCAGUGCCACCUCUACCUGUUCCACUCGUCCCACAAGAAACUGAAGUCCUUCGCUCUGUUGGCCGUGAUCGUCCUAUGCAACCUGCACCUGCUCGGCAUGAGGAACGCGUGGCAGCUUCUGUUCCACAUCGCCGUCGCGUCCCUUUCCACCGUCCUCAUCCUCGGUCGCAAACUCCAAGACAGAACCAAUGACUGCGGGGUCUGAGGGACGGGUUUAAGGUGUCGCGCAACUCCAGGUUUUUUCAGCGCAGGCGAGAACAGCGGGGAAGUAAACGGCUUGAUCCACACGAGUAGCCAGGAUUUAACAAAAAAAAAAAAAACAUUAAUGAAGCUCCAGCCGUCACGGCUCAUUGUAUUCACAGGUUCAUGUUUUCAUGUAUACAGUUCAUAUUUGUGUUUAAGACUUAAAGGAAGAUACAGUGAAAUUGAGAUAUUUCUGAAAGAAGAAGUAGUAGAACAAAAUUUCGCUCACACUCAGUCAAACCAAUGUUUUGCAAAAAGCUUUUAAAGGCGGUGAAAGUGUUUAUUCAGCCAGAGUUGCCGACCAAAGUUUUUCACACAGAAAUAAUAAUAAUAAUCAUGUUGAAUCUACUUACAGGUUUAUAACUAAUAUGUAUUUGCUUUGUAUUUUUUUUUGUUUUUUUGCUUCUACCAGAUGCCAUUGAUUAUCUUUGCAUGAAAAGGGAUUUAAUCAUGCUUUUAAUAUAGGCACACGCGACUCCACAGUCCGUGUUGCCCUCAUAGGAGGAAGAUUCUUAAAUUAGUAAUUAGCAUAGUCUGAAUAAAUAUGAGUGAAAUCUGAGAAUAGUGGGAGUUGAAGUGGUAAAUGUAACAGCCAAGGGCUGUUUCGUGUGUGAUAAUAGAAAUGCAGUUGAUCAGUUUAUGAAGUCCAUUGCUUUAUAGAUUCACCAGAAAGUGCUUAGCUGCUCAUCACAGACGUUCAAACGUAAGGGCUCUGUUAUUUAAUGACUUAAUUCACAGUCUGUUCUUAGGGGAGAACAUCAGUCUCAUAUUAUCUUAGAACAACUUACUUAAAAAUCUUAAUGAUUUUAUUUUUUUUUUUGUAAUUUUACUGCAUAUUUAUAUUUAAGUUCCAUCUUCUCCUGCUUAUUUCUGCAUUGUGACAAUGCAAACUGAGAGGAGUAUGAAAGCACUGACUCGUUGGUUAAAUAGGGAUUUGUUGAAAAAAAAAAAACUGCACUAUCGGGUUUAUUUUGUGAGGGUUAAGGAAAUCGUUCUUGAAUGUUUUGGGUUUAGCCUAAAUUAUAUGUAUACCCUGUUUUCUGUUUUAUUGGUUGAUUUAUUUUUUAAUUCCGCAUUUUCCUGGCUAUGUUUGAACAUAAUGACAAUAGUGCUGCUAAAUAGCUAGACUGAGUAUAAUUCUCCUAUUAGUUAAGUUUUCACUCUGUGCUCGGUGUCCGUUAAGCGACUGAAGUAAAUUUUAUAGUUUUAGUUGUACGUGUAGCAUCGUGGCUACUGUUGAAUUCUGUAAAACCCACCCUUCGUGUUUUUUUUAAUUAAUAUUUUGUUCCUUAUUUGACAGAGAGUGAAGGAGUUACAUCUCAUCUGACAAUCCACAUGUAAUUUACUGUAAUGUACCUUUUAAUUGGGAAAGAACGUCACUCUUUUAAGGUGCAGUCGACACAUGUGAUGCCUCCAGAUGUUAUUUGCGGUGACUCUGAAAUAUCCAAACAUGUUAAAUGAGUGAAACUUUUUGCAGGGCAUUUGUGAUUCUGCAAUAUUUUUGAUAUAAAGGAGGUUUUACUGACGACAGGCGUACAUGUAACUACACUGCAGACCAAACCAACCAUUAAAAAAAAAAAAAAAAAAGUAAUUAAUGGCUGAUUGAAGAUGUGAUGUUUUAGCUCCUGAAAUACAAAUGAAGGGUAAUUCUGUUUACUAUGAAGGUUUUUAACAUGAACAAGCAAAGUUUGUCAAAGCAAAACGAUUUGUAUCUAAUUUGAUGUUUUUCAGUCUGUUUAUAAUGAUGGGAAGAGUAGUAACCUUGUCAUUCAUUGUAACUGCCAAAAAAAAAAGAACACUGGUUAUUACAGGGCUUUACUUUUUCCUGCUGUGGUAAAACUGACAUUUCAUUAAUAAAUAGUGUCUUUUUUUCCA